AUGCGUAUCACCGUCAGCGUGAUCCGCCCAGAUGCGGACUCCGACAUCAUCAACUUGGAAGUCGGCGGCGACAUGACAAUCGAUCUCUUGAAAGCCAUUGUCGAAAGCGAAACCUCCAUCCCACCGACAGCUCAGCAGAUCGUUUACAACAACCAGCUGCUCCAGUCUCCCGUACAGACCCUGGACUCAGUGGGCAUAUCCGAAGGUGACAUGCUCGGGGUACACGUCACUCUCCGCACCCCCCAACAAGCCACCCCUCGUCCCUCCGCCCCCUCCAGCUCAAGACAACCCGCCCCUCGUCCCGGCAUGCCAGACCCGGAAACUAUCCGCCUGCACAUUCUGGGCGAUCCUCGCGUGCGCGAGGCUGUUCGCAGGCAGAACCCAGAGCUCUCCGAGGCAGCAGACAAUGCUCAGCGCUUCCGAGAGGUCCUGCUGAGGCAGCAGCAAGGUGAGGCGCAGCAGGAGGCUCAAAAGGAAGCUCGCAUUGCAAUGCUUAAUGCCGAUCCCUUCAACCCGGACAAUCAGAAAGAGAUCGAGGAGAUCAUUCGCCAGAAUGCCGUGACGGAGAAUUUACACAAUGCCAUGGAGCACCACCCGGAGUCUUUCGGGCGUGUCACCAUGCUUUAUAUCCCCGUCGAAGUGAACGGCCACCGUCUGAACGCCUUCGUCGAUUCCGGCGCUCAAGUAACAAUCAUGUCCCCCGAAUGCGCCACGGCAUGUAACAUCAUGCGUCUCGUCGACCGUCGCUACGGCGGUAUCGCCAAAGGUGUCGGUACCGCCCCCAUCCUCGGCCGUGUUCAUUCAGCCCAGAUCAAGAUUGGUGAGAUGUUCCUCCCCUGCUCUUUCACCGUCAUGGAAGGCAAACAAAUCGACCUCCUGCUGGGUCUUGACAUGCUCCGUCGCCACCAAGCCUGUAUCGACCUGCAGCGCGGUGCGCUCGUGAUCCAAGACCAGGCCGUGCCAUUCCUCGGCGAAGGCGACAUCCCCAAACAUCUCACCGAUGAGUUUGAGGCCGAGCCCACUGUCAAAGGUGCCGAUGGUGCCGAAGUCGGUGCCCGCACUGGUGCCGUCACUCACCAGGCCGAGAACAACGCUGCCCCCAGCUCGAAUCCCAGCUCUGCUCCUGCGCCCGCCCCUGCUGCGCCAAGGAUCAACAUCCGCCCCGCAUCGCGGUGGCCUCAGGAUUCCAUUGCCAAGAUCACAGAGCUGGGAUUCACGCGGGAUGAAGCUGUUCGCGCCCUCGACGCUGCCCACGGUGACUUGGAUGGCGCCAUUGGUUUCCUCAUCUGA